AUGUCGUUGAAACGUAUACUCACCUCAAAGACAUCAGUUUAUUUGCUACGUGAUAUUGUGCAAGCUCAGUCUGAUUCACGUCCUUAUACGAUUUACUUUAUUGGAGUAACGCUCAAUGUGAGAAAUCAAUUUAUGGAAGAUGAUGACAAUCCGAGAACUAUUCAGCCCACUUCUAAAAGUGAAGGAUGUACUGGGUUAUCCAAAUGUUGGAGAGAUUAUAUUUGGGAGAUACCGAUUAAAGAUUUCUUGGCCGCGUCAGAUGAAACUUGUUUCUGUUUAUUACAAAAUGGAUUAAAGAUCCCUAUUGCAGCAUGUAAUACUUUUAAAUCAGGUGCCAUAGAACAAUUAAGAGUAUAUGUUGCUUUAGGUCAAAAUUCAAAUGUUGACGCGGAUAUGGAAAAGAUGCUGCUGGGAUAG